AGGCGGCCUUUCUCCUGAAGGGGUGGCGGCCUCUGCCCUCGGCUUGCCCGGGCUCCGCCGCCGCCCAGGGAGCUGGGAACGCCCGGGACGGAGCUCACCCUCUUCUGGGUAGGCUGUUGGUGGGCCGGUGGCCGCCCUCGGGGCCGUUCCCCUGCUCCUCUCGGAGCAGGUCCCCGGUGAGGGCUUGCUCUGGGCCGGGCUGCAGGGCGUGGCUCGGGGUGAUGGUGUUUUCGGUGGCACUGGCUCGUCUCUGGCUCUUCUCCUUAAAUCGCGCCUUAGCCUCGAAGUCUCCCGUUCCCUACUAAAGUCAGGACACCGCGUAAAGCUGGCAAACCUGAAAAUAAUCUCUCACAGCAACUACCUUCUAAUAAUCCGUCUGGAGACUUCUGCCACUUGAGGGAUGGAGAUGCCUCUGGAGUCAGCUUUGUAAUUGAAGCAGACUUUCUCUCAGCAAGGGUGGAUGAAGGCAUAGAAAAGGCAGGGUGUAAAUUCUAAUGAGGUAGAGAUUUAAAGGAGGUCUGAUGACAACAAAAGCAAACUUUCCUGUGACAGCAGGAUCUAUAGUUGUCCCUUAUGGGCAUGUGAUUGGAAAUGAGAAGUGGAGAGGGUCAGAGAUAGCCCAAAGGCUACAAGGAAAAAUUAGACUCAUCUUUGAAGAUGGCUUGGGACUUGUGGAUUUUCAUCUUUCAAACAGAACUUGCAUAUUAUAUAUUUCUGAAGCAGAUUUGGUUGCAGGGGAUGAAUUCAAACGAAGAUUGGUUCGGUUUAGAAACGCCAGCAGUCUUGGGGGAAUUGUAAUUGUAGAGAAAACCCAAAUAAGUGAUCAAUACUUCUUAGCAGUACAAAAGCUUGUUGUGCUAGAACUUGGAAUGGUGUUGCUUCCUGUGGCAAAUCAAGGAGAAGCUUCUCAACUUAUUACUCAGCUAGUCCGUGAGCAAAGUAAGGAUCACAACCGUAACCCCUUUAUUCGUAAACAGUGUUCUCAGCUGGCAGAGCCAUCAGUGUUUCGGACUGUGCAACAAAUUCCAGGAGUUGGGAAAACAAAAGCUCUGCUUCUACUGCAGCAGUUUGGAAGCAUCCACCGGCUUUGUAAUGCAUCUGUCAAAGAGCUUGAGCUAGUAGUUGGACAAACGGUAGCACAACAAAUUUACACUUUUUUAUGUUCCUGACUGUGCAUGCAUAGUGCUGUUUUGGAAAACAACGAAUUUUGUUUAUUUCUUGUGAAUUAUAAAAUUUUGGUUUUAAUAAUCACAUAUUAUGGUAACUUCUAUAAUCCUGGUAACAACUAGAGGGUGUUGACUAAUUGUCUAGAUAUUACUCUGCUCUGCUUCUUUACAGCUGGUCUGCUCAUGUAGAUGGAGCAGUGAAAAUUACCUUGGAAAGAGGGCUAUAAAGUGUUUUGCAUCUGUCUUGCACAAAAAAACUGGGAGAAAGCUGUCUCUUUUUUCAGCAUCCACAGAAAGAAAUUGGAAAAGCAAUUUGCUUGCUUGCUUUUGUCUCCCAGAAAUAAACACUUUGUUAAUAUGUGUGUGGUCUUAUCUUCUCAGUAACUGGAAAUGUGAGUUACAGUGUUUUAAAAAAAGUGAACAGAUGUUCCUUUAUGGUAAUAGCUUUGACUUAUAAAUUUUUGAAGUUCCUUUGGAAAGCCCUCCUGGAAUACACCUUUGACUUUACACUAACUUAUUUCUCUGGUUCCUUUUUCAGUUCACAGGGUGUUAUCAAAUUUAUUCCCUUGUGUCUAAUAUCCAAAAUCUUGGUUAAUUCGUGUUGCACUUCUGAAUAUAGGUUGGGAUAAUUAUAAUAAAUUACAAUAUAUUUUGACAUAUUCAUUACAAUUAUAAUGUAUUAACUCUAAUAUC